ACGUCUCACCGCGCGCGCAAAAAAAAAUACCUCCGAUUGGAAUGGGCAAAAGAUAAACAACGAAAACUCAACCAAUCACCACAUACCCAACACACAUAUACACACACGUGUGCCCAUUGUGGCCCGACACACCAAUUCACAUGCCUUCUGGCUAACACAACCAUGCAUUGUUCACGGCUCUUUUACUAGUUUAUGAUGAUUUCUCUGCAACCGAUGACCGAACCGAUUCGGUUAGUUCAACUAAAGCGCUUACCUAUAUAACACGCAACCCACGUCACCUCGUUUAACCAAUCCUCGGGAUGUUCGUUUUAUUUGAAUUUAUUGCGAUACAUUUGCAUAGUCCUUAAUAAUAGUGUGCAACCAAUUGAAAGCAGAACGAAAAAACAAACCGCAUUUUGUCAAAUGUUUUCAAACCAAUGGACGAUUUCAACGACCAAUCAUAUUAAAGACAACGAUUUGCUAAUACCAAAAUUCCGACAUCCGUUGGAUUAAAUCAUGUUUGGAUUAAAAGUUCUACUGAUCGUUUUAUAUUUUGCAACAAAUUGCCGCUGUAACUUCAGUGAACUGGUCGAUGUGAAUGCGAUCAUUAAUAAUGUACAGUCCACACAGUUACCAGAGUUUGACGAUCAAAUUGGGUCAGAUGAGGAUUUGUCGAUAAAAUCAAAGCUCGAAAAAUGGAACGAACUGAAAAAUCGUCUAAAUGGAGCCGUUGUAAAAGUGGUUACGCUUGAAGAUCCGCCGCUGAGUUAUACCGAACUAGAGUCGGGAAAGUUGAUCGGCAAGGGUGUAGCCUUUCAAUUGUUCCAAUUUUUGAUGGACAAAUACAAUUUUACGUAUGAUAUCGUAAAGCAUGAUCGCAACAUAAUUGGUUCUUACGAUGAUUUCAAUGGCAGUUUACUACAGAGCCUGUAUAAGAAGGAAUCGGAAAUAGCAGUGGCUUUUUUGCCAAUCCUAUCGGAUACGCGCGAUUAUUUGAAAUAUUCGGUAACUACACUGGACGAAGGGGAAUGGGUGAUGCUAAUGAGACGUCCGGUAAUCUCUGCAACGGGAACGGGUUUGCUUGCACCAUUCACACUGAAUGUAUGGAUUUUGAUUUUGGUUUCGUUACUUGUUGUUGGCCCAUUAAUCUAUUGCAUCAUCAUACUACGGUUUAAAAUCACCGGCGAUACCGAACAACGAAUGUAUGCUCUACCGCAUUGCAUGUGGUUCGUGUACGGUGCUUUGCUGAAACAGGGCAGCACUUUAUCGCCGAUUGCAGACUCAACUCGUCUCAUAUUCGCAACAUGGUGGAUUUUCAUAACCAUCCUAACUUCAUUUUAUACCGCUAAUUUAACCGCUUUCUUGACACUGUCACGGUUUACAUUGCCCAUCAAUUCAUGGGACGAUAUUUAUCGAAUCGAAAAGGAGUUUGUGUCCACAAAAGGCGGAUGCGUUGAAUAUGCAAUAUUGAAUUCCAAUGAAUCGCUCACAAUGAUGCGCAAAAUGUACGAUGAUCAUCGAAUCAUAUUCUCGGAUAAAUCGGACAACGACACACUCAAUGAGUACGUAUUCCGAGAUGGUUAUGUGUUGGUCCGUGAUCGUCCGGCGAUAAAUCAUUUGAUCUACAGCGAUUACCAAGAGCGAAAGCUUCGCAAUCCAGCUGACGAAAAGAAGCAAUGUCCAUUUGCAACGGCCAAGGAUCCAUUCAUGAAGCGAAAACGUUCAUUCGCCUACAAUCUGGAGUCCGAACUAAACAUCAUCUUUGAUCCAGACCUGUUGACGCUGGUGGAAACGGGUAUCGUGAAAUUUAUGCUCGGCGAAAAUCUAACGAAUGCCGAAAUUUGCCCGCAAAAUCUUGGCGGCACCGAGCGGCAGCUGCGCAACAGUGAUUUAUCGAUGACAUAUUGGAUAAUGUUGGCCGGUUUUUGCACCUCAGUUGUGAUAUUCUUUACGGAGGUCAUUUUCAAGCUAUUAAAUCGACGUCUUAACUAUGAUCACUUGAAAUUCCGAAGUACGACGUUCAGCAAAAAUUUCAGUAGCAAAGCGGCAAAGAAUAUGUCGAAUGUAACACCGCCACCAUCGUAUGCGACGCUAUUUAAUCGCAACAAAAUCUUUACGACAGACGAUUACAUCAACUCAUUUGAUUCGAACAACAGUGGCACAAAGCGAAUUAUCAACGGUCGUAAUUAUAUGGUAUUUCGGAAUAGCGACGGAGAGCCACGUUUGGUACCAAUGCGAACACCAUCAGCGGCUCUAUUUCAAUACGCAUACACAAAGUAGGCUGUGUGUGUGUGUGUGUGUGUGAGACAGAGAGAGAGACAGAGAAAUGGAGAGAGAGUUGGAAUCAGAAAAUAAAAAUCAUUGACAUAAUUCUUCUGAUGAUAAUUUUCCCUUGUGAACUCUCAACGCUUUUUCGAUUAUGAGAAAAAAUAACGUACAAAACCGAACCGUCCAAGAAAAAAAAAACAUGAUCUGGUUCAUUGACAUCUAGAUUAACAUUAUAUUCAUAAUUAUUGCUAGUGAUAAAUUGGAAUAUUAAGGGACAAAUGGAUUUUGUAUUAUAAUUAUUGCAUUGGAGCUUCAUGUUUUAUUCAAUUACAAAUCUAUCACUGUGAUGCUAAGUAUUUUGUAAUCAUCAUAAGAUAAAUAGUUUUAAACGAGGUAGAACAAGAAAAAAAAAUACAUACAACAGCGGUACCAUUUAGAAGUGAAUACAUUAUUUAUGAAGUGAUUGUUCAAUUGAUGUACUCUUUUUUCUGUUCAAAAAUAAUUGUUUGUAAUCAAUUUGGAUGUGGGAGUGGAAUGGUUUGAUAAAUACGCAAAUCCACCAUGGGGCCAUAGCCAAUCACAUGCAAAUUCAUUAAAUGUGAAAUAAUUAUUGAUUUCUUUUUUUUUUAGAAUGCCAUCACAUCCAUUUUAGGUUCAAAUGAC